GGCGUAGCCCUGACCCCGACAGCUUUCACGACCCGGCCCCAGGGUUAUGGCCGGGAGUGGGCGGCUGGCGCUGGGGACGCUGCAGGUACCCGGCUGGGUGCGGGGAUCGAGCCCAGCCGUACUGAGCCGCCUUCGGGACGCGGCCGUGGUGCGUCCGGGUUUCCUAAGCGCGGCCGAGGAGGAGACGCUGAGCCGUGAGCUGGAGCCCGAGCUGCGCCGCCGCCGCUACGAAUACGAUCACUGGGACGCGGCCAUCCACGGUUUCCGAGAGACAGAAAAGUCACGCUGGUCCGAGGCAAGCCGGGCCAUCCUGCAGCGCGUGCAAGCAGCCGCCUUUAGCCCUGUCCAGACCCUGCUGUCCCCAGUGCAUGUGCUGGACCUGGAACCUCGGGGCUACAUCAAGCCGCACGUGGACAGCAUCAAGUUCUGCGGAGCCACCAUCGCUGGUCUGUCCCUACUAUCUCCCAGCGUCAUGCGGCUGGUGCACACCCAGGAGCCAGGGGAGUGGCUGGAACUCUUGCUGGAGCCAGGCUCCCUCUACAUCCUUAGCCCUCCCAGCAGACACGAGCAUUCCCCUGUGGCAGGCAGGCCACCUCACCCCACCCAGCCACAGCCUGUUUUCUCUUGCAGGGGCUCAGCCCGUUAUGACUUCUCCCAUGAGAUUCUUCGGGAUGAAGAGUCCUUUUUUGGGGCGCGUCGGGUUCCCCGGGGCCGACGCAUCUCUGUGAUCUGCCGCUCCCUCCCUGAAGGGAUGAGACCGGGGGAGCUGGGGCAGCCGCCCCCAGCCUGCUGAACCCCCGGCUCUUUCCCCAUCUUCUCAGAGACACCGUGUUGGUGAAUAAAGUUGGAGUGUGGACAGAC